AUGUCUUCAGCCCCAUCCCUGUUCCUUGUGGGGCUUGUGGGCAGACAGCUGGGGCUCAGCGUGGUAGUGGAGUGUGUUCAGACAGUGUCUUGUUCUCAGUGGGGAACACCCAGCAAUCAGGGUCUGUUCCAGGAUGGAGAUGUAGUUAUUGGUGGGCUCUUCACUAUUCAUUACCAACCUCCAGCUAUAGACAACGACUUCACUCAGCUGCCACACUACAAACCUUGCACUGGAUUAGAACAAGUUCCACUGCAAUAUAUACAUGCUAUGGUGUUUGCGGUGGAGGAAAUCAAUCGUAGCACAAUGCUGCUACCAGGUGUGAAGCUGGGGUACCAUAUUUUGGAUAGCUGUGGCCGACCGCCAUGGGCUCUCCAGGCAGCACUGUCACUGGUUGGGGGAGACAGCCCCAGCUGUAAUUCAGCAGACCCUCCAGACUAUUCUGCUGAGUAUGGAGAGGGAAUUGGAGAAGGGAGAGUUCCCUUGAUCAUCGGUGGUGCUUCAUCCGUAACAGGCCAGAUACUGUCCAGGAUCCUGGGCCCACUCUCUAUCAGCUACUUGUCGAGCUGCCCCUGUCUCAGUGACAGGCGUCAAUUUCCUAACUUCUUCAGGACCAUCCCCAGUGAUAUUUACCAAGCCCGGGCCAUUGCCCAGCUUGCCAUACACUUCAACUGGACCUGGAUUGGGGCAGUGGUAGCAAACAAUAAUUACGGCCACAUGGCAGUAAAGGUAUUUCAGGAGGAGACUCAGGGGAAAGGGGUGUGUCUGGCAUUCAUAGAGACUCUCCAAAGGGAAAACAUUGUGAGUGAUGCCAGACGAGCAGCACUCACAAUUCAGGCCUCAACUGCGAAAGUGAUUCUGAUCUUUACCUGGUACACAGAUGUGAGGGAACUGUUCCUGCAACUCGCCAAGAUAAAUGUGACUGACAGACAGUUUCUGGCCAGUGAGGCUUGGAGCACCAGUGGUGAUCUUAUACAAAAUGUUGUCUCAAGUAAAGUAGCAAAAGGUGUUCUUGGUGUUGCCAUUAGAAGCUCAGCUAUACCUGGAUUUGAAACUCAUAUCCGAAGUUUGCACCCAUCUCAUCAUCCUGAUGAUGAGUUCUUAAGAGAAUUCUGGGAAGCCGAAUUUGGAUGCAGUCCUGGGGCCACACCUUUCUUUUCACAUUCCUCUCAAUCCUUCAAAUCUGUAACCCCUUCACAAAGAUCUAGCCAUCUACUGAAUAUUUCUACUUCAUCAGGUGGAAAGGGGUCCCCUCACAAAGCUUCUCCAACACUUUGCAGUGGCACCGAGUCACUGGAGGGAGUUCAGAAUCACUUCACUGACACCUCCCAGCUGCGAGUGGCAUAUAGUGUCUACCUUGCCGUUUAUGCUGCAGCCCACGCCCUUCACAGCCUUCUGUCCUGCCCUGAUAGAAACAGUUCACCCAGACACAACAGCUCCACCUGCUCCUCUCCAAAACAUAUCAAACCCAAAGAGCUGUUGCAGCACUUGAACCACAUAAAUUUCACCACACGACAGGGUGAAAUGUUUUACUUCCAAGGUGCCGACAUUCCAGCAAAGUAUGACCUUGUUAACUGGCAGAGCACCCCCAAGGGUUCACAAAAACUUGUUUUGAUUGGUCGUGUGGAUGCUUUUGACCUCCACCUCAGUGAGUCAGCUAUUCAGUGGAGCACAGGAUCAAGUCAGGUGCCCAUUUCAGUGUGCAGUGAGAGCUGUCCCCCAGGCACCCGCAAGGCCAAUAGGAAAGGAGAACCUCUCUGCUGCUUUGACUGUAUCCCAUGUGCUGAAGGGGAGAUAAGCAAAACAGAAGGCUCUCUUCACUGUGAGCGUUGUCCAUUAGAGUUUUGGUCCAAUGCUGAACAAACUGCCUGCAUCCCUCGCCAGCUGGACUUCCUUUCCUUUAAUGAAACUUUGGGCAUUACCCUGACUACUGCAGCUGUGUCUGGUGCUGCCAUUACAACAGCUGUGUUUGUGGUGUUUCUCUGCCACCGUCAAACACCUCUGGUUCGAGCCAACAAUUCAGAACUGAGCUUUCUGCUACUCCUGUCGCUGAAGCUCUGCUUCCUGUGCUCACUGGUGUUCAUUGGUCGUCCAUCAGUCUGGUCUUGUCGGUUCCAGCAGGCAGCUUUUGGGAUCAGCUUUGUACUUUGUGUUUCCUGCCUCCAAGUGAAGACUAUAGUUGUACUUGCAGCGUUCCGUUCAGCUCGGCCUGGUGCUGAAGCUUUGAUUAGGUGGUUUGGACCAGGCCAGCAGAGAGGAAGUGUCUGCCUUCUUACUUGUAUACAGAUUAUCAUCUGUGCCAUAUGGUUGUCCCUCAGCCCCCCGGUGCCUCAACGUGAUCUGGGUUUUCAAGGGUCAAAGGUCACCCUGGAGUGUGCCAUGGCCUCUGUGGUGGGCUUCUCUCUGGUUCUGGGUUACAUUGGUCUGCUGGCCUGCACCAGUCUCCUCUUGGCCUUUCUUGCUCGGAAACUCCCUGACAAUUUCAAUGAGGCCAAACUGAUCACCUUCAGCAUGCUGAUAUUCUGUGCUGUCUGGGUGGCCUUUGUCCCUGCUUAUAUUAGCUCUCCUGGGAAAUAUACUGUUGCUGUGGAGAUUUUUGCGAUCCUGGCCUCUAGCUAUGGUUUACUGGUCUGCAUCUUUGCCCCCAAAUGUUUUAUCAUUCUCUUGAGGCCUGAGAAAAAUACUAAAAAACAUCUGAUGGCAAGGUAA